CCCGUAGCAGCAGUCACGUUACCAUGAUAACAUGCCCCGAUAUAUCAUUGAAUUCACUAUAGGUAUUCUCCCUCAAGACAAUCGAUGAAUUCAAUUCCACAGGGAACCUUAAAAUCUACAAUCAAGAAUCAAGAAUCCAGUCGGCUUUCUUAGCGACGUCGCGAGGGAGCUGCCCGCCCCACUCUGAUAAGCUCCCAUACCAGUAGGCUUAUCAGCCCUGGACAUGACAGCUCCGAGAACAUCUUAAUACAUCAAUGCGACAGACAACCAACCAAACUGAACACUUCCAAGUUAUGUAACAUAAUCUAGGGACCUGAUGUACUUGACCGUUUCUUUUCCACUCGUUCAUUUUCUAGGCGCCUAUACUUCCCGCCCGGUUAGACAGAUGAUAGACCUAUAAGGCGCCCUACGCGCUGCCGAGGCCUAAAUGUCCUACAAACGAAACCGCGCGCAAUUCGAAGCCGACCUCCAAGCCCAGCAAUCCCCGUAUGUGCUUUUCGGCACUCCACUACCGCCCCUCGACCCCGAGGUGCGCGAUGACGGCUCCUACGUGCCCGUAUGGAAGCAGGAGGUAAGGGAUGAGCGGGGCCGAAAGCGCCUACAUGGCGCCUUCACCGGCGGUUGGAGCGCUGGCUACUUCAACACUGUGGGGUCUAAAGAAGGCUGGACGCCAUCGACUUUCGUGUCAUCUAGAUCAAAUCGCCAUAAGGACGAGCAAAAGACGUCACAGCAGCGCAUAGAAGAUUUCAUGGACGAGGAGGACCUGGCAGAUGCAGCCGAUGCCGAGAAGCUACAAACUGCGCAAGGAUUUGCCGGUCUAGGCUCUACCGAGGAAGAUGGCAUUGGCCGUGGUGGCCUGGCCGGCCUUUUUCGGGUCCAAGGAGAGACCAUGGGUGUCAAGCUGUUAAGGAAAAUGGGCUGGAAAGACGGGCAAGGCAUUGGACCAAAAGUGCGCCGAAAAGCCAGGCUUGACAUCGCCAACAAGCCCAAUGCGCCACAAAGCGCUGGAGAGACUUAUCUUUUCGCGCCCGAAAAUGUCUCUAUGAUAGCCUUUAUCAAGAAAAAGGACCGUAAAGGUCUGGGAUUUGAGGGCGAGUCAAGGUUGACACCCUUGAGAAAUGCCUCUAAGCCGGAAGCUGGUGAGAGUUCCGAUGAAGAAUCUCUGGGUCUACCGUUGCGGCGGCCAGGGUUGUCAAAGAAAGAAAAGAAUAAAUUCGGGAAGGGAGGCAUUGGGAUCGGGAUUCUAAACGAUACUGGCUCUGAUGACGAAGACCCAUACGAGAUUGGCCCGAAAAUAUCUUAUAACCGGGUAAUAGGGGGUGACAAAAAAAAGAAGAAAAUUGGGACUACAACAGCAAAUCCAGCUCUCGGGGCUGUUCCGGUAUUCAGAUCAAGAAAGAACAUAUUGGCCAGGGUGAGCAAGGGUCUGCGAAAAUGCCAUGAUGGCCGCCUGCCUCUCGAGGGAUUCCUCUUCGGCACUGAAGCUGACCCCUUGACGUCCUCGCUGGAUUCAGAUAAAUACCCCCCUCCCGAAAUACCACCAGGCUGGAAAUCCAGCAAGGAGCGCAAAGCCGAAGGUGAAAAGGCAGACUACAUAUCAACAGCAGACGCGGCGAAAUCGUCAAAACUCGAUCCUAAAUCGCGUGCCGCUCUUCUCGGAGAGGCACAACUACCUGGAAAGUCCGUGUUUGACUUUCUGUCGGCCGAAGCCCGCGAGCGCCUCGCGUCCGCAACAGGUAAAACGAACCUCCCACCAGCGCUAGGCGAGGUGCCUGCGGAAUUUGCUCUCACCGAAGCCGAGAAGCAACAGGAGCUCUUGCGCCAGCUUCCUGAGCUUGACAAAGUGACAGCUGUUGCAGCCCUCACGCGCGGCGCCAGUGGGACCGGCCCGGCGCCAUACGCGGACGACGAAGCGAAGCGCGGGCGGUACCGCACAUAUCUAGAGUAUGCCGCAGGUUUCAACAAGACGAUCCCUUCCAAGCCGCCAAACAUGAAGACGCAGGACUGGAUGCGUGAACUCCACGAAUUCGUCAGCUGUGCGCGCAUCUUCAAGCCUAUGACUGGCCUCAUGGCCUCGCGGUUCACGACGUCCACAGCGAAACCCACCGCCGGGGCAGCGGGAGGAGGUAAAGGCGAAGACCUCUUGCAUAAACCGCCCGAGAAGCCUAAAGACCCCGCCGAAGAGGCAGCGAGAUUAGGCAUGUACGGCUCUAUGACGCGCACCAUAACAGACUUCUAUCCCACGAGACUUCUAUGUAAGCGCUUCAACGUCCGCCCCCCCGCGCACGUGCAGCCCGACGCAGAGACGGAGACUAGCAGCACUAGACCCACGGCCGCGGCUAGCGGGAUGGGAACAACAGGGGUAUAUAGCGAAGGCGCCGUGACGCUGGACGAGCUUAUGAGGCAGGCACAAGCAGCCGCUAGUCUCGAGAAUAAUAACCAUAGCAGUACUACUGCAAGUCGGAAUACAAACGCUGGGAUCAGCGAUAAUAGAGGGCUGUUAUUAGCGCAUCGUCCGGAACCCGCACAGACACAACAAGCACAGCCGGUCGAAGUCAACGCGGAUGUCAAUGAUGCGCUUGAGGGCAAACGUGCCCAGGAAGAGGUUUUGAAAGCCAUAUUUGGGGAUAGCAGUGACGAGGAGGACGAUUAAUGAGAUGUUUAGUAGAGUAGAGUAGAGGCAGUGAUGGUGGCGUCAGUUAACGUUACUUUAUACCCCCACAAUCCCCGUAUAAGGGGUUAAAUACAAACAAACAAACAUCGAGUUCCAUCCAUGAUUCGGGAGCGACAUAAUAACAGUACGAUCAAGACUUCGAUGACAGGUCUCACAAUGCCAUACUCUAGACUUAUGUGGAUUAAAUCAUUGCAUGCAUCAAUGCUACUUUCUAUUUCCGCCACGCUCGCCCCUGGUAAUCUAGUAAACGGACAUCCAGCUGGCUAUAUACAAUGUUAUUCCAGAGCGAGAGGAUAUACACUGCCUCCUCCUAAUAGCCCAUACCAACUAAUGCGUAGGCUUGGAUAUAGGCGCAAUAAUGCCUUGCUUGAUGAUGACGCGCGGCUUCGUGGCAUCCUGGAACGCCUGCUUGGUCAUGAACUCGGGGCCCAUGGGCAGUCGCAGACUGCGCUCAUACUGCGCUCUGCUCUCAUAUUGAUGAGGGAGUUGUGAGGCGAGGUACUUGUCGUUCUGUGCGGUCAUUG